AGAAAGGUAACUGUAUUAUUUCAAGUAAAUAAUUUCCUAUCUGUCUUAUCUGCACAUCAAUUAGUUUAUGCCUCUCGUUUAUCUUUAUCUGUCAGAAACUUAUGUCAAUGCUCCCAGAUAAAUUAAUAAUAUUUUCUUAAUUUUUUUAUAACACACCAGAUGUCUCUACCACGUGAAGGCAGAGUGACCUGAGUGACCCAUAAAAGAGGUACAUUUAGUAAUUUAUACAUGAGGAGGAGGAAGAGUUACUAGUAUGACAUAUGGUGGAAAGAUUGUCUGAAUAAUAUACUUUUGUAAUAGUUUUACCAAAAUGUGUCUUAAACUAAUGUAGUUAAAACAAGAGUCUUUAAUAAGCCAAUAAGAACAAUAUUAAUACAUGACCUGAAAAAGUAGGUAAAUUGUUAAUGAGAACUUAAUGCAAUCUUACAUUCACUGCUCAUUAUCAAAUUAAUCUUCUUUCUUUCUUUCAAUAAACUGACCAUAUCCCACCGACACGAAAGGAAAAACAAAAGUUUUUCCUUUUAAAUUUAGUAAUAAAUACAGGAGAAGGGGUUACUAACCCCUUGCUCCCGGCGUUUUAGUUGCCUCUUACGACAUGCAUGGCUUACAGAGGAAGAAUUCUGUUCCACUUCCCCAUGGAGAUAAGCGGAAAUAAACAAGAACAAGAACUAGUUAGAAAAUAGAAGGAAGACCAGAGGAGUGUGUAUAUAUAUGCUUGUACAUGCAUGUGUAGUGUGACCUAAGUGUAAGUAGAAGUAACAAGACGUACCUGAAGUUGUCAUAUAAAUGUCUGACCUAUAUAACCAGUAUGUGUACUUAGUACUAAAAUGUACAUGUACUAAAAUGUACAUGUACUAAAAUGUACAUUGUGCAUGUCAUGCAUCAGUUUACCCAAGGUAAGACCAUUAAUUAUUUGAGUGUAUGGUAAGUACCAAGACUAGUAGAGAAAAUAUUGUAGCAGUGACUAAACUGUAUAUGAAGCACUAAGAAUUCUGGAGAGAAUAUAGCUAAGUAACUGAUAAUUAUUAUGAAUUAUUUUUUAUAAUGCAUGAUAGCUUAUACAAAAUAUCGAUAUACAUUUUUUAAAACUUUUGUGAAAGCUUUAAGAGCAACAUUUGGAAUUAUGUACAGCAAUAAAGAACCCAUCAGUGGAGGUGCUGCCUGUGAAAGGCUCUUGAUCCUAGAAAUUGGAGCUAUCCUGUUCCUCUAAUCACCCCACACAUUUCUCAAACACUUGAAUAACCAGUACUGGUUUAGACUUCCCCAAGUUUAUAAUAAUAUUGCAAUAUAAUAUUAAAGAAAUAUUAGUUAUCAAUAUAGUCAAACAUUCUCUAAAAUCUAUUCAUAUGGAAGAUUAUUGUUUGGUAACAGAGUUGUGACUGAGUGGAACAAACUCCCUAGUAGCUAAAACCUUAAGUAGUUUUAAAAAGAGAAAGUACUCGUUUGUGCUUUAUUGUUAUCUGUUUACAAUAAUGUUUUAUCACUGAUUACAUCAUUGCUUAGUUAAUAUUAACCCUUAAACGGUCCAAACAGAUUGACGUUCAAAUUCGUAGUGCUCCAAAAGUAGAUCUAUUUUUUUUUACAUAUUUCCAAAUAUAACAAAAAAAAAUAUAGAUAAAAGUUUUUUUACACGUUUUCAAAUGUAAAACAAAAAAGAUCUACAUUUUUUACAUACUUUCAGAUGUUGAAAAAACGUAUAGUAUAUACAUUUGGACCAUUUAAGGGUUAAGUUAAUUUUAAGCCAGCCCGUAAUGCUAUGCAUAUAAGUGGCUUUGGCAUGCUGCUCUUAUCUGUAUUUUUUGUACCUCUGUAUGUUCAAAUUAUUAAAUAAAUAAAUAAAUAAAAAGUACAUAAGAGGGUUUUGGUGGGUGUUGCUUGGACUUAAUUAUUAUGGGCCACUAAGCCUACCCCAGUGUGCCUUUAUUCUUUUUAAGUUAAUCAAUAUGUCUGAAAUAAUUGAAAAAGAUUCUGUUGAAAGAAGACUAAUAAUUCAUGGAGAAGACAAACUGCAUCAGAGUCUAGAAGAUUUUAAACAAAAAUCUCAGGGAACAUCAAAUAUUAUUAUUGUUAAUGGUAAAAAAACAUUUCCAUGUUCAUUAUGUCUAAAAGUCUUUUCAUAUAAUUCUUGUUUAAUAAAACACAUGAGAGUUCAUACUGGAGAGAAACCAUUUCGGUGUUUAGAGUGUCAUAAAGGUUUUACCCAAAAGUCUAGUUUAAUGAACCACAUGAAAAUCCAUACUGGAGAGAAGCCAUUUCACUGUUUGGAAUGUCUAAAAGACUUUUACCAAAAAUCCGAUUUAACAAAACAUGCGAGAGUUCAUGAUGAAAAGAAGCCAUUUCAGUGUUCAGAGUGUGUAAAAGGUUUUUUACGAAAAUCUAGUUUGAUAAACCACAUAAAAACUCAUACUGGGGAGAGACCAUUUAAAUGCCUAGAGUGUCAAAAAGACUUUUAUGAGAAGUCUAAUUUAAUAAAACAUAUGAGAAUUCAUACUGGAGAGAAACCAUAUCAAUGUUCAGUGUGUCUAAAAAAUUUUAACCAGACAUCUACUUUAUUAAUACAUAUGAGAAUUCAUACUGGUGAAAAGCCAUUCAAGUGUUCAGAGUGUUCAAAGAGGUUUUCAAGCAAAUCUUCUUUAAUAGAUCACACAAAAGUUCACACUGGAGAAAAACCAUGUCAGUGUUAUUUAUGUCUUAAAUCCUUUUCAGAUAAAUCUGCUUUAAUAACUCACAUGAGAAUUCAUACUGGAGAAAAACCAUAUCAGUGCUCAGAGUGUCUAAAAGCCUUCACCCAAAAAAAUACUUUAGUAGACCACAUAAAAAUUCAUACUGGAGAGAAACCAUACCAUUGUUCAAUAUGUCUAAAAGACUUUAGGAGAAAAUUUCAUUUAAAAAAACACAUACGCGUCCAUACAGGAGAAAAACCAUUUCGGUGUUUAGUGUGUGCAAAAGAAUAUGUAGAUAAACGUAAUUUAGUAAAACACAUGAGAAUUCAUCCAAGGAAGUAGUUAUAUCAGUGUUAAACCCUUUCACUGUUGAGAUCCUGAUCACAAACUUGCUCUCAGUGUCGAAAAAUAUUAAACAAAAUUAUUUUAUCUUAACAAAAUCUUAAGAAUAUUUUUCUGAGUGUUUUAAAAGAAAAAAAUUUUUUGCAAUCAUUAUUUACCAAGAUAGUAUAGAGGCGUGACAUUGACAGAAGGUGAACCUUGGAUGGCAACAUCGGCAACUACCACUCAUUCGGAAAUAUUGUUUUUACUUUUAUUCUAUUUUUUCUUUUCUAAUAUUUUAUUUUUUCAAGUAACUUUUGUGGUCUGUGAGACCAAUAUAAUGCAUAAUGUAUAUAUAUCCACUCGUUGGCACUGAUGGACAUCCUGCAGCCAGUCCCAGAUGUGGUCUGCUGGUGGGUACUGGAUAUUGACAGGUGGUUGUGGUUGUGCAAGUUGUUGUGGCGUGUGUGGUUGAAGGUGGCCUUUGUUGUGGAUGUGCGGAGUCAACAGCAUGGCUACCAUCCUGGGGUGCCGCUGGUGCCACAUGACGCAUUGCACCACCACCUGCUGCCGUGUGUAUAUUAUCCAUCCCAGUUGUAACAUUACUCAUUACCCACACCAUCUUCCCCACCACCCACACUGUCUUCCCCAUGACCUAUGCUGGAAAUAAGUCACUGACUUUUUUGGGUUAUCCUAGGAUCUCUACACAUAUGCUGCUAUGUACGAUAAUCUAUGUAACUGUAUUUGUGUAUACCUGAAUAAAUUUACCUACACA